ACUAUCCAUAUGUCAACUUUUGAAAUCGUUCGCUCUCUCGGUUAAUUUUUUCCAUUCAAAAGAAAAUAACUUUCGAACUGUCAAAUUUUAACUAAAGGUUAAAAAAAAUCGCCAAAUGGUUCACAGCCUUAAUUAAACACCACCGUGCUUAGUAAAAUAGUUGGAAAAUCUAGAAUACAAUAUGCCUCGCACUAGGGGAGAUUUACCAGGUGCCGCUAAAUCAAAUGGUAUUUCGUUGUCUGAUGCUAAACCAAAAAUUCGUAGAUUACCAUCAAAAGAAGAAAAUCUUGUUCUUUGGAAAUCACCAUUGAGGACCGCUAAAUAUGCAACAUUAGAAGUUGUUUCUUUACUUCAAUUAUAUGGAAGACGACUUAUUCUUCACCGAAAGUUAAUUAUAGGGCUCGUCACAUUUUUAACACUAACCUUCCUACUUUGUUAUACUCCCGGUUAUCAUCAGCAAUUUGUUCAAUUAGUGAAAAAGAAAGGAUUUUUCAUAUUUUAUUGGGCUGGACUCGGAGUACUUUCUUCUGUUGGUCUUGGAACGGGCCUACAUACAUUCAUCUUAUAUUUAGGUCCACAUAUUGCUAGUGUGACUCUGGCAGCUUACGAGUGUAACUCCCUUGAUUUUCCAGAGCCUCCUUAUCCUAAUGAGUUCCUGAUUUACCGUGGAAGGACGAUUCCAGGUUUCUACAAUGGCAAUGUGUUUUUCUUCUUCUUACAGGUUCCUGAUUAACCGUGGAAGGACGAUUCCAGGUUUCUACAAUGGCAAUGG